AUGGAGGAUUAUCCGGAAACUCAGUUUCGUCCCGGAAAUGCAAUGAUCCACAUGAAUCCAACAGUUUCUUACUCCGAGGAAUCAGCAGGUAGAGAUAGAACUGAAGCUAACAAUGCCUCAGCCUCACAAGAUAGUAGGCAAGUGUUGUCAAGAUUUGGCGGAAUCUCGCAAAUGCAGGACAUUCAAGAUUUCGGUUCUUGGAGAGAUCAAGAAAGUGGCAGGAACAACGGUUUCCAGCUAACCAGCGGUGCCACCACCGGAGUUCAUCAGACCGGUCAGGGAUUGUCUCUUAGCCUCGGUUCACAGAUUCUCCCUGGAAUUCAUCAAAUGAGCCAUCAGACUAUGGCGCCAAGAGCCGAGCAAUACAGAGGCAAUGAGUAUGCAACACAGAGCUUUCAGGGAGGGAAUCAGAACAUGGAUGUUGCGAGAACAAUUCCAAACUCAAAGUAUCUCAAGGCGGCUCAACAGCUUCUAGAUGAGGCUGUUAAUGUAAGGAAAGCUCUGAGAGAAAAGAAAAACAACGAGAACCCUCAAGAAGUACCGGAUCAGAACCCUCAAGACUCGAGCACGAAUCCACAAGCUGAAAUCUCUCCAUCGGAGAGACAAGAAAUGCAGAGCAAGUUGACCAAACUCUUGUCAAUGUUGGAUGAGGUGGAUAGGAGAUAUAAGCAAUAUUACCAGCAGAUGCAGAUAGUUGUGUCCUCCUUCGAUGUGAUAGCAGGUUAUGGAGCAGCUAAGCCAUACACAGCACUCGCUCUUCAAACCAUCUCACGCCAUUUCCGUAGCCUAAGAGAUGCGAUAUCAGGACAAAUCCUCGUGACAAGAAAGUGCCUCGGGGAACAACAAGAUGGAUCAGAUGGGAAGAGAGUUGGGAUCAUAAGCAGGCUUAAGUACGUUGAUCAACAUUUAAGACAACAGAGAGGGUUUAUGCAACCUCAGGCUUGGAGGCCUCAACGUGGUCUACCUGAAAACUCUGUUUUGAUUCUCCGUGCUUGGCUCUUUGAGCAUUUUCUUCACCCUUAUCCAAAGGAUUCUGAUAAGAUCAUGCUAGCAAGACAAACAGGCUUGAGCCGGGGUCAGGUUUCAAACUGGUUUAUAAAUGCGCGUGUGCGUUUAUGGAAGCCAAUGGUGGAGGAAAUAUAUAAGGAGGAAUUCACAGAGAAUGAUUCCAACUCCUCUUCCGAAAAUACACCGAAAAUGUCAGAGACAGGACCUCCUGCUACUGCCGACGAAGACCGGACCAAACCGGAUCAUGGACAUGGAUAUGGUGUGGAAACUUGUGGCAUGGUCCAGGGCGAUCAAAUGGAUGGUGGGAGGUUCAUGGCGGUUGAGCCUACGUAUCAUGUGGCUGAGAUGUCAAGGUUUGGUGGUGGUGGUGUGUCUUUGACUCUAGGGCUUCAAAACUCUCAAGGACGUGAUAAUGUUGUUGCUAUGUCUAGUGAGGCGUACAACAGCUUUCCCGGGGUGGAUAUUUACGAGAAUGCCAUCCCGGGAGAUGAACUGGAGUAUGUAAACCCCGGGAGUCGCCAGAGCCGGAUAAGUUCGUCACAAUUGGUACAUGAUUUUGUAGAUUGA